UCUUCUAAGGGUUCAUACGGAAAAUAAGUAAUCACACAUACAAAGGAGAGCCCAUCGAAAAGGUUUCUACCUCUCUCCGUCAGCUCAAUGUCAUGUCAUGUCAUUUGAUUAAACACCUUUUCAUAAGUGAAGAAGACGAGCCGGCGGCUGUGAUGACAGCGGUGAUGCUCUAGGGGGCAGCAGCCGCUCCGAGUGCGCGGGAAGACGCAGAAGAAGAACACACUGGGAAUGUAGGAAGUCUUGUUCGUGGAAAACAAAGGCUGCGGACGAGACGAGAAGCGGCGUCGAACCUGCAUCGGAGCCGACGAGACGAGACGAGACGAGACGAGACGUCCACGCUGCGCGUUCACCUGACGGACAGGAGCUGGCUCGAACAUGUUGGAAGACGCGGCGUCGCACGGAGCGGGUCAGCGCGCCCGCGGGGAUGGAGACGAGGAGCAUCCGGCUCCGUGCGGGUCACGCGGCCGGGGCUGCAAAGCGGCGCCGGGGGGGAACGCGGCCCCCGCCUCCAGGUUCCUGCAGGUCGAGCUGGAGCUGAACGCCCACCUGCGCCGGCUCGUCUUCAGCGAGCCUGUCCGGUUCAUCUACAACCCGCUGGAGUACGCGUGGGACACGCACCGCUGCUACGUGGAGAGGUACUGUCGCGGCGGACAGAGGGUCCUGUUCCUCGGGAUGAACCCGGGCCCGUUCGGCAUGGCACAGACCGGGGUCCCCUUCGGUGAAGUGAGGUCGGUUGUUGAUUGGCUGAAGAUCGUGGGGGAGGUCGGUCACCCGCGCGACGAGCAUCCGAAGCGACGGAUCACGGGCCUCGCCUGCACUCAGAAAGAAGUGAGCGGUGCACGUUUUUGGGGCUUCUUCAGAAAGCUGUGCGGCGAACCGGCACUCUUCUUCCGCCACUGCUUCGUGCACAACCUUUGCCCGCUGAUUUUCAUGAGUGCCAGUGGGAAGAAUUUGACUCCCCCCGAGCUGCCUGCGGCUGAGCGCGAGGCCCUGCUGGCCCUGUGUGACAUCGCACUGUGCCAGGCGGUGGAGGCACUGGGCGUCUCCAUGGUGAUCGGGGUCGGGCGGGUGGCAGAGCAGCGGGCGCGGCGAGCUCUCUCUGCUGCGGGUGUCGAUGUGCGAGUCGAAGGCAUCAUGCACCCGUCGCCCAGGAACCCACUCGCCAACAAGGGCUGGGAUGAAGUGGCCAAGGCCAAACUGGCAGAACUGGGUGUCAUGUCACUGCUGAACCACUCAUGAGCCAAUCAGACCCAACUGGAGGCUCACAUGUUCCCUCACACCAGUCAGUGUGUCUGUUCCUCUUGAGAAUGUUUUCUUCACAGAGCAGUGGAAACCUUGGCACUGAUUCAUUUCAUUCUAAAAUCUAGAAUUCGUUCUAAGAGUACUUCUACACUAAUGUAACUAUGCGGUGCUUUAUAUCUAAGAAAACUCUCAGGGUUCUUGUUACCUUAUGUGAUUGGUUUGGUUUUACUGUUUGUCUAUUUGUUUGUUAGCAGGAGCAUGAUAUUUGUUUUCAUGAAAGAUUGGUGUUGGCCAUGUAACAUGUGAUUACAUUUUGGGAGGGAUCCAGAUCCGAAUCUGGAUCCAGUAACUUUCUGAAAGAAGGAAAGAAGGUUUUUAAAUCAUAUCUUCAGUCAUAUCUUCACAAAUAUGUUACAUUUUAAAAUAUGUAGAUACGAUGGAGAUGGGUAUGCGAGUUUUGGGUGAAACAGCAUAUAGGUGGGGGGUUGCUCAGCCUUGGCGGAGCUCUGUGCUCUUCAGGAAAACCAUCUGAUCAACUUUGUUCAAACUGGAUUUUGAAAAAAAGGCACAUACUUAAAAUGACUCUGUGAAUGUCUUCAGCCUAAUCACAAAAGAUAUCAAAUCAAUAUACAUGAUUUGAUAUCAUGUAUAUUGAUAUCAAAUCGUGGUAUAUGUCCUAGUAUGUAUUAGUUAGUAAAUGUGUCAUUUCAGUUUCCUGUAAAAUCACAAAUUUCCUGUUCUACUACAACUGGUGACAUUUACUUGGUAUAGAAAAGGCCUCUAUGGGAACAACCUCUAAACAUCACAAAGAGCAUUUGUAAAAGUACAGUUGUACAUGUUGUUUAUGUCGGACUCCUGUAGAUGACUGUUCAUUGAAUUCUUUUAAAAUGUAUUUUUAAAAUUGUCA